UAAGAUUAAUGCGUGAUCAGUAACAUAUUAAGACGGUCGUUUAUUGUUUGUCUCAUCUAUUUUUUACAUCCCACUUCUAAGAACAAUCUGAGAACUUCUUUAGUUUUUUUUUUUAUAUCAUACGAAGCUCCGGUACGUUCGUUACAUCACGUCUCAAAUGUAUACUAAAUUAAAAAAUUAAAUCCGGCAAAGACGUGCAGAUAGUGAAGUGUACAGCUUUGAAACAAUGGCGAUUAAUUUGUUGUGUGUGAUAUUUUUUUGUUUUAUUGUCUCAGUUACAGGUGUGCACAUAUCAAACCUGAACGACUCCUGUCUUCGUUGCUUGUGUCAUGUUGCCGGCUGUGACCUGGCACAUGGCUGUUCGCAAGGCUACUGCGGUCCUUUCUACAUAUCCCGCGUAUACUGGGUAGAUGCAGGCAAACCCACAUUGCCUGAAGAUAACCCUGAGAGGAAAGAAGCUUAUGAAGACUGUGCUCGAGAUUACUAUUGUUCGGCGAAAAUAGUCGAAAGCUACAUGGCGAGAUUUGGAAAGGAUUGCAACAAAGAUGGCGUGACGAACUGUUACGAUUACAUGAUGAUCAACCACCACGGUGGCGGCGCGUGCACCGAGCCCCUGCACCUCACCAGCCUGGGCCAACGGCGUUUGCAGCUGUACCAGGAAUGUCGGUUAUAACCAGCUUCCAGCAGUAACGAGUAUGACUUGCAGAUGAUCAGAAAUAUUGAAUAUUUCUUAGGUUUCAUAGUU